AUGGUACACUUGGUAAAGUUGCGUUGUGCACAGUGUACUUACGCUUAUUCGAAUCUUCCAGAGCCUUCCGGAUUCGGAUUACCUCGUUUCCAUCCACACCUUUCAAGCCGGUGUCUUCCGAACCAAACCGCCUUCGCCUUUGGUAAGAGGAACCUAGGACUGAGUGACGGCCAAAUCAGUUGGCAUCAGAGGUCCUUACCAUUUCUAGGCACGGACCCACAACAGGUAAGGGGAUUCGUAUCUCAUCUCCGAUGGAUCUCAUGUAGGAGACGUGGUGGCCUCAUGAGGCCCCUGAGUAUGCGGGUCUCUUUCCUCCCCAUCGUCUCGCUUUUGGCCCUUCACUUUAUCACACCAAUCGUCGGUAAGUAA